GAGCCAUCUCUCGUGACUCCCCUGAGAAGCAGAGAGUUUAAGAAGAACUACUCAGGUUUUUUUCUCCUCAUCCUUUCACCCCUUCUCCUAGUUCACCCAUCUUUCUGUAAAACAUGUCCAUGAACCUUCAUACCGCCAUGGAUCCAAUAAAGAUGGGCGUUGGACGGUCCAUAGCUGUGCUGACGUCAGGAGGAGACGCUCAAGGUAUGAACGCUGCGGUGAGAGCCACAGUCAGAGUGGGUCUCUACACCGGAGCCAAAGUCUUCUUUGUUCAUGAGGGCUACCAAGGCCUGGUGGAUGGAGGGGAUCAUAUUCGGCCAGCAACAUGGGAGAGCGUGUCCAUGAUGCUUCAGCUGGGUGGCACCGUCAUCGGCAGCGCCCGCUGCAAAGACUUCAUGAGCAGAGAGGGCCGUAUGAAGGCGGCCUGCAACCUGGUGAAGCUCGGGAUCACCAACCUGUGUGUGAUUGGAGGAGACGGCAGUCUGACUGGAGCCAACCAGUUCAGGACGGACUGGGGCAGCCUGUUGGCUGACCUGGCCAAAGAUGGGAAGAUUACACAGGAGGAAGCCAAGAAGUCGUCUCACUUAAACAUUGUCGGCAUGGUUGGCUCUAUUGACAACGACUUCUGUGGCACUGACAUGACCAUUGGCACUGACUCAGCCCUCCAUCGCAUCAUCGAGGUGGUGGACGCCAUCACUACAACUGCGCAGAGCCACCAGAGGACAUUUAUCCUGGAAGUGAUGGGCAGACACUGCGGAUAUCUGGCCCUGGUGUCGGCUCUGUCCUGUGGAGCCGACUGGGUUUUCAUUCCAGAGGUGCCACCGGAUGACGGCUGGGAGAACCACUUGUGCAGGAGGCUGGCAGACCAAAGAUCUCGGGGUUCUCGUCUGAAUGUGAUCAUUGUGGCCGAGGGUGCGAUCUCCAGAGACGGCAAAGCGAUCACAUCGGACCAGAUCAAAAAGUUGGUGACCGAAAGGCUGGGCUUUGACACCCGCACCACCAUCCUCGGACACGUCCAGAGAGGGGGAACGCCGUCUGCUUUUGACAGAGUCCUGGGCAGCAGGAUGGGUGUGGAGGCGGUGAUGGCGCUGCUGGAGGCCACACCGAACACUCCUGCCUGUGUGGUCAGUCUGUCUGGGAACCAGGCAGUCAGACUGCCCCUCAUGGAGUGUGUCCAAGUGACCAAAGAUGUGACUGCUGCCAUGGCUUCGGGCAGAUUUGAAGACGCUGUCAAGCUCAGGGGAAAGAGUUUUGAAAAUAACUGGAACACGUACAAGCUGCUGGCGCACAUAAAUCCUCCAGAUGUGAAGAGCAACAUCAACAUGGCCGUUAUGAAUGUGGGAGCUCCCUGCUCCGGGAUGAACGCUGCGGUCCGAGCAGUGGUGAGGAUGGGCAUCAUCGAGGGCCACUCCAUGUUUGCUGUCCAGGAUGGUUUUGAUGGUCUGGCUCAAGGACAGAUUGAGCCCAUAAGCUGGAAUACGGUGACCGGCUGGACUGGAAAAGGAGGCUCCAUGUUGGGAACCAAGAGAACUCUACCAGGAAAGUUAUUGGAGAAAGUCAGCUUGAACAUUGCCAAGUUCAACAUCCAUGCUUUGGUUAUUAUUGGUGGAUUUGAGGCCUAUGUAGGCGGUCUGGAGCUGCUUCAGGCCAGAGAACAAUACGAAGACCUGUGCAUACCCUUUGUGGUGAUCCCCGCCACUGUCUCCAACAACGUCCCAGGCUCCGACUUCUGCAUCGGCGCGGACACCGCCCUGAACACCAUCACCACCACCUGCGACAGAAUCAAGCAGUCUGCAGCUGGAACGAAGCGCCGCGUCUUCAUUGUCGAGACCAUGGGUGGUUACUGUGGGUACCUGGCCACCAUGGCAGGGCUGGCUGCUGGGGCUGACGCCGCCUACAUAUAUGAGGAUAAAUUCAGCAUUAAAGACCUGACGGCAAAUGUAGCGCAUCUUGUGCAGAAAAUGAAGACGACUGUGAAGAGAGGUUUGAUUCUCAGGAAUGAAAACUGCAAUGCUAACUACACCACAGAAUUCCUCUUUAACCUCUACUCUGAAGAAGGCAAAGGAAUCUUUGACUGCCGUAUGAAUGUUCUCGGACACAUGCAGCAGGGUGGCACUCCGACACCCUUUGACAGAAACUUUGGAACAAAGAUGGGAGCCAAAUCUAUUCUCUGGCUGACUGACAAGCUCAAGGAGUGCUACAGGCAUGGUCGUAUCUUUGCAAACACAGCAAACUCUGCCUGUGUCCUGGGAAUGAGGAAGAGAGGACUCACCUUCCAGCCUAUUGCUGAUCUGAAAGAUGACACAGACUUUGAGCAUCGGAUCCCGAAGACACAGUGGUGGCUGAAAAUCAGGCCCAUCAUGAAGAUACUGGCCAAGUAUGACAUCAAGCUGGACACAUCUGAGCAUGUCGACAUGGAGCCUGUCCUCAACAAGAGAGGAAACCACUGGAAGUAGAAGGAGUCUUUUUGCGUUGAAGCUGAUUAUUAAUUUGGGGUAUUUUCAGUUAGCUGUUUUUAGAUUUCAAGUCCAACCUUUGUGUUUUGUGUCUUAAUAAAAGAGCUGUUGACAUUACA